CUACUCACUUCCGCCUCGGGCGCAGCUCAGGCCACGCCCACCCGCUGUGCGGCUGUGGGCACUUUGUGAGUUUGGGGAUUGUUGCGUCCGGUAAGCGGACUUCCCUGCUCAGCUGGCUCCCGGUUUCUCUGCUCACCUCCGGAUAAAUUACGGCGACUUCGGCGACGCGCAUGGCGCCUCCCAGCCGCUGCGAGUGUCCCUCUCCUUCCCGGCGUUUUCCUGGGUUGCUUCUGGCGGCCCUGGCGUUGCUGCUGUCCUCUCGCUCUGAUGCAUGUGGGCCACCACCAACAUUUCAAGCUAUGGAGCUCACUAGCAGACCAAAACCCUAUUAUAGGGUUGGGGAACGAGUAAACUAUGACUGUAAAAAAGGAUACCACCACUUCGCUCCUUUUCUCACCCAUACUAUUUGUGAUCGGAAUCACACAUGGCUACCGAUCUCAGAUGAGCCCUGUGUUAAAAAAGUGUGUCACUAUAUACCUAAUCCUUUACAUGGCCAAGCAAUCCUUGCAAAUGGGACUUAUUCAUUUGGAAAUCAGCUGCACUUCAUUUGUAAUGACGGUUAUUACUUAAUUGGUAAAGAAAUUCUAUAUUGUGAACUUAAAGGAUCAGAUGCAGUUUGGAGUAGUAAGCCCCCAAUAUGUCAAAAGAUUCUGUGUAAACCACCUCCAAAAAUAAGCAAUGGAAAACACACCUUUAGUGAGGCAGACGUAUUUGAAUAUCUUGAUGCAGUAACUUAUAGUUGUGAUCCUGCACCUGGACCAGAUCCAUUUUCACUUGUUGGAGAGAGCACGAUUUACUGUCGUGACAAUUCAGUAUGGAGUGGUGAUGCUCCAGAGUGUAAAGUGGUCAAAUGUCGAUUUCCAGUAAUCGAAAAUGGAAGACAGAUAGCAGGACUUGGAAAAAAAUUUUACUACAAAGCAACAGUUAUAUUUGAAUGUUAUGAGGGUUUUCACAUCGUUGGCAGUGACACAAUUGUCUGUAACAGUAACAGUACUUGGGAUCCCCCAGUUCCAAAGUGUGUUAAAGUGUCGACUUCUCCCGCUACAAUAUCUCCAACUUCCAGUGUCUCAGGUCCUAGACCUACUUACAAGCCUCCAGUUUCACGUUAUCCAGGAUAUCCCAAUCCUGAUGAAGGAAUGCUUGACAGUUUGGAUGAAUGGGCCAUUGCUCUGAUUGUUAUUGCUAUACAUAUCUUCAAAGAAAGAAGAAGAAAGGGAAAACAGAUGAUACAGCUGAAUAUGCCACUUACCAGAGUAAAUCAGCCACUUUGGCAGAGCAAAGAAGCUGAAUGGAUUCCACUACUUGGUUUGCCAGUUCAUCUUUUGAUUGUAUUAAAAUCUGCUCAUGCACAGUAGUUACUCUCUAGUUUCACUCUCAUGAGUGCAACUGCAGCUUACCUAACAUUCCAUUGUGGCUUGAAUAUAGCUUUGAUGGUUCUUUGAAAUUUGUUAUCAAUUUGGGUAUAAACAUAUUGCCUGUUUUCCUUUAAAUAACGCUCAGAUUUAUUGGACCAGUCAGCAUAGCAUGCCUGGUUGUAUUAAAGUGGGGAGGUGCUUUAUUUUAUAAAAUUGGCAAAAUUAGAGAAACACAGUUCAAAAUGAAAUUAUAUUUUCUUUGUAAAGAAAGUGGCUUUGAAGUCUUUUUUGUUCAAAGAUUAAUGCCAACUCUUAAAAUUCAUUCACCAAUUGUAGAGUUUAUUUUAUCUAAUGUUCAUUAUAAAAAGCCUAACAAAUAUAUGUAUGCUACUUUGGCUCUUGUGCAUUAAAAACAAAAACACUGAAAAUUGGGAAUAUGCGCAAGCAUGACUUCCUUAACUAAAAAUAUUAUUGGAAAAUUCUCUAAAAGUUAAUAGCAUACAUUCUCAAUUUUUAAAUGUGUUUGGUGAUUUCAAAGCUAGAGAGUUUAUGUGUGGCAUUUGUUUUCACUUUUUAAAACAUUCCUAACUGAUCAAAUACAUCAGGAAUUUCAGAAUCAGAUGCACACUUUCUUAAAAAGUAAGAGGACUCUGACACCCAUAACAGGAGUGCCACUUCACAGUGUGGAGUGAAUGCUGUGGCCUUGUGAUUUUCCCAGAGAGAACUCUCUUAUGUUGAGUAACCCACUCUGAAUUCUGAGUACACAUGUUUUUCUUUCCCUCCUUAAACAGAGGUGUUACUUUAAACAUGCCUUCUAAAAGUAGGUAGUUUUGAAGAGAAUUAAAUUCAUCAGAUAACCUCAAGUGACGUGAGAAUCUUAGUCCACUUACACUGCCUUGGCUACUAGAAGUCUCUUACCUAUGUAUUUGUCUUACCUCAUCUCCUAAAAGA